AAUGGUGAUUAUGGUGAAAAAAUAUCUUGAUUGUAAAACUUAGGUGGACUGAGGCUUUCUCCUAAAUUUCAUUUCUCUUUUCGCGUUCAAAAUGUCGACGCUUACCGCCACAUCUGCGGUGACGAUGAACGUGUCCUACUCCGUGACAACGGAUGAGCCGGUUAUGAAUUCAACAGAGCCGUGGACCCCAGUAUAUCCGGAUCCUGAGAAGUGUAAUUAUUAUAUUCUAAACCAUAAUACAACUAAAUAUUUCCAGUUCUCUAAUCCAUACGGAGGAAUUCCACAGAACCUGAUGAUAAACCUGAUCGGCUGGAGUAUUCUUAUCCUACUGUUUGGUGUGCUACGGCGGGCGGCGGGUAACUAUGGCCGGCUGGCGGUUAUCAGGAAGGAGGACGAUGAGUCUAGAUGGACCCAGGUCUUCUUUUCAACCAACGAGGAGGAGGACCCCGUAGAAAACACCGUGGAACAAGGUGUUGAAAGUGAGAAUGAGUCUGUUACCUCUGUAAUGGAUUGGAGUGAAGUAGAUCGAGGAAUCUGUUCCUGGAUAACUUCAAUAUUUACAAUCACAGACGAUAUGAUACUGAGAAAGUGCGGAAGUGAUGCUCUUCAGUAUAUCAAGUUCCAGCGCCAUAUGAUUAUCUUCGUGUUCAUCAUCACUGUUAUCUGCAUCAUGAUCAUCCUUCCCAUCAACUUUACCAUGGGAAACAUACAGGGGGACCAGACAAAUUUUGGACACACUACGAUCUCCAACCUACCAGCCAAUGAUUCAGUUCUCUGGGUUCAUAUUGUGGUCGGUAUCAUGUUCGUUCCUCUAGGAAUCUUUAUAAUGCGGAGGUUCUCAGUAUCCUUGAAGAUAGAAGGAGAUGAAUGUAUUAGCUCUAGAACCCUGAUGUUUGAUCUUAUCCCUGAACAGUAUUGUAAGAAAGAUCUGAUAAUCCGUCAUCUUCAGGAGGCGUAUCCAGUAUCUGUAUAUCCUGGAUUCGAUAUUGAAGAUUUACAAAUCGCGUAUUUUGUUUCGAAAUUAACCAGUCUGACCAGCAAACUCGAAACAGCUAGAAGAGCUGUUACGUUCUGUGAAACAUACAUGAGCAAAAACGGGAAAAGGUUAACAAUGAGUCCGUAUAGCUGUGGACUGCUGUGUGGGCUCUGCUGCUGCGGUAGAAUGAACAGCCUGGAUGCUCUCAACUACUACCAGGAGCAGGAGGAGCAGCUCAGGAUCAAGGUGGAGGAGGAGCAGACAAACCUUCACAAAAAGUCAAUUGGGGUCGUCUUCGUGACGUUCAGCAGUCUCGAGGUUGCUACUAUAGUCAAGAAGGAUCAUACUCAGUUUGGUUGCGGCAGAUCGAAUCCUCCAACCUCAAGUCUGCAGAACCAGCUCCACCCUGACACCUGGGCUGUCAGGUUUGCUCCGCCCCCGGAGGAUAUUUAUUGGGAGAACUUAAACCGAAGCAACUACAGAGUAUUCAAGGUUUGGUUAAGUAACAUAAUCCUGUUCCUUGUUCUAUUCUUCUUCACCUCCCCGGCCUACCUGAUCAACCUGAUGGAGACUCUACCAUUCCUCAACACUAAGUCUAUUAAGGAUGAUCUAAAUGUAAACCUACCCUCUUGGAUAACAGAUUUCCUACCUACAAUGCUACUCUGGACCCUCUCAGCUCUGCUACCUGUUGUUGUAGCAUACUCAGACUGGUGGUUGGGACAUUGGAGACGGUCUUUAGAAAACCUGUGGAUUAUGAGGAAGGUAUUUGGUUACCUUCUGUUCAUGGUUCUAAUCCUGCCUUCCAUUGGUCUGACCACUGUCCGGGCUCUGGUGGAGAAUGUUUUGAAGAGUAAGAGUCCGGACUCUGAGAUCAACUGGCAGUGUAUCUUCCUACCAGACAACGGGGCCUUCUUCAUCAACUACGUGACGACCAGUGCCCUGGUAGGGACCGGACUGGAGAUCAUGAGGUUCCCGGAGUUGAUCGUCUACGCGUUCAGACUUGCUUUUGCCAGAUCGUCUGCUGAGAUCUCGUCUGUUCGGCGUGAGAUCAUCUACGAGUUCCCUUUCGGCAUAAACUACGCCUGGAUGCUUCUCAUCUUUGCUCUUACUGUAUCCUACUCAGUAAUCUGUCCUCUGAUAACCCCGUUUGGCCUGUUCUACAUGAUUAUGAAGCAUGGAACUGACAGAUACAAUAUUUACUUCGCAUACAAAAGGUCAAAAAUAAAUAAGAAUAUCCAUGGCUGCGCGAUCAACUGUGUAAUGAUCUCCCUUCUCAUCCAGCAGCUAAUGCUGCUCUUCUUCAAUACAGUGCGCGCAAACAAGACGGGACUCCUCCCACCCAGAGGAAUAUUUUCGAUCACGAUGUUUACAAUAUAUUCUCUUCUCUUCAUUGUUCAAAUAUUUUUCCAUUCUUUUAAGGGAAUUUCCCCUAUACAAUACAUACAGAACCCUUACCAGCAGUCCCUCCUACCAGAGGCAGGGCGGAGUCAGGAGGGGCGUUCCCGGCAUCACCGCCCCAGACAGUUUAUUCCAGAUGUUCUCCGGAAUGUGGAUGUCGAGGCCUAAAUCUGAGAGCGUCCUCUAAAAUAUCCAAAACUUCACAGAGGACGUUCUUUUAGGGAUUUUAAUACAAUUUAAGCUUUGCAGAGAAGAGAAUUCAUUGUUUUUUUUAUAAAACUUUGGAAGUAUUUAAGUUAACUCAUGUCUCCGUGAUUAUUUCAAAAACUCAUUAAAGCAGAUAGUUUAGACUUUAUUAAAGGGACUGUCUUUGUAAUUUAAGUGACCCUCAAUAUUUAAAGAGGGGCAAGUCCGAUUUGAUCAAUUACUAAUGUUGAAGUUAAAAUAUCUAUUGAAUAUCUAUUGUUUCUGUAGCAGAAAUUCGUCACGGUUUUAUAGAAAAACAACAUUUCAAAAUAACCAUUUUUUUAAGCUAAUGGAUAUCUCAUUUAUUAUUGAUAAUAAAAAUCUCAUGCACCAUUGCUAGUAGGGUUUCUAAUCGAAAUUCCAGUGCGCGGAACUAAAGGGUUCGCAAUUGCGCGCAUCUAAAAUUAACUUGUGUCGGAAUCCCUAAUUGCAAGGGUGGUACCAAUGCAAAUCGAACAUUUAACUCUAUAAAUGGAGGGUAACUUGGGAUUAGGUCUACAGUCCCUUUAUACAUAUGGAGGCUUAUAUUUUGCGGACAUUAUAUUCAACAAGUUUUUAAUUCUCAGACGUUCAAUAUUUUAGUAAUAGUUUAGUCUUUAGUUUUUAAAAUGUUUUAUUAUUGUGCUAAAUUUGACAAGUAUUGCAUACUCAAUCUCGAGAUAUAGAUUUAAUAUAUUUAAUUGUUAAGUUUAAAAGGUUUGUUAACGGAAUUUUAACUUACCCUUUGUGUACCAUUAACGAAAUACAUUAGUGCAUAUAAAACCUUGAUUUAACAAGUGAGUAAAUUGGGAAAUAUUUUUUUAAUCGGAAAAUUCAAAAUCUCGACCAUUUUCUAGAAAGCAAUUCGUGGAUUUCUACAGCAAAGAGUUCCGGAAAAUUUCGUUAACAGUCCCUUUAAGAUAGUUUUAUUUAUAUUUUAUUAUUUAAGUUGUGGAAUUUAUAGAUUUUAUUUUAUUUUCAUCAUUUUAAAUAUUGUGAUUGAUAGAAAUCUAUUUUAUUUAUUUGUCUAGUUUGGAGAAGUAAUCUCGAUAUGCUUAUUUUGAAUAUUUACCAUGGUAUUGCCAAACAUAAUUAAAUAAAGACAGGGUUUCUUGUUUA